CCCACCCCAUCGCCCAGGCCCCACAGUCACUUCCGCCGCUGCGCUGCUGGGGCAGAUUAGGGUGAGGAUGGCGGCGGAGAAGGAGGCUAGCCAGGAGAGCGCCUUGGGCGCGUACUCGCCGGUGGACUACAUGAGCAUCACAAGCUUCCCUCGGCUGCCGGAGGAUGAGCCGGCUCCUGCCGUCCCGCUGCGCUGCCGCAAGGACGAAGACGCGUUCUUGGGGGACCCAGACACAGAUCCAGACUCUUUCCUGAAGUCCGCCCGGCUACAGCAGCUACCCUCAUCCUCUUCAGAGAUGGGCAGCCAGGAUGGAUCCCCUCUGAGGGAGACCAGCAAGGACCCCUUUGCAGCUGCAGCAGAGUGUUCCUGCCGCCAAGAUGGGCUCACCGUCAUUGUCACAGCCUGCCUCACCUUUGCCACCGGGGUCACAGUGGCCCUCGUCAUGCAAAUCUACUUUGGGGAUCCCCAGAUCUUUCACCAAGGAGCAGUUGUCACAGAUGCUGCCCAUUGCACUGCCCUGGGCAUUGAGGUACUGAGUAAAGGGGGCUCUUCUGUGGAUGCUGCCGUGGCUGCUGCCUUGUGUGCUGGCGUUGUCGCUCCUCACAGCUCAGGCCUUGGUGGGGGUGGAGUGAUGCUUGUCCAUGACAUCCGGAGAAAUGAGAGCCGCUUGAUUGACUUCCGGGAGACAGCUCCUGGUGCCCUUCGAGAGGAAGCCCUACAAAGAUCCUGGGAGACCAAGCCGGGUCUCCUUGUGGGGAUCCCAGGAAUGGCCAAGGGGCUGUAUGAAGCUCAUCAGCUCUAUGGAAGGCUGCCCUGGUCCAAGGUCCUGGCCUUCGCCUCAGCUGUAGCUCAGGACGGCUUCAAUGUGACCCAUGAUCUUGCCCGGGCCAUCCUAGAACAGCCUGUACCCAAUGCUUCAGAGCGUUUCCGGGAGACCUUCUUUCCUGAAGGCCGGCCUUUGGUACCUGGCACAUUUGUGCGGAGGCCAGACCUGGCAGCUGUUCUGAAUUCUCUGGGCUCUGCAGGGGCCACAGCUUUCUAUGGGGGUGGCAACCUCACCCAAGAGAUGGUGUCGGAGGUGCAGCACCAUGGUGGAGUCCUGACUGAGGAGGAUUUCAGUAACUACAGUGUAUUAGUGGAGAAGCCUGUGCGUGGAGUGUAUCGAGGCCACUUGGUGCUCAGCCCCCCACCCCCUCAUACGGGACCUGCUCUUAUUGCUGCCCUGAACAUCCUAGAGGGCUUCAACCUUACCAACCUGGUGUCCAGGGAGCAGGCUCUGCACUGGGUAGCUGAGACCCUGAAGAUUGCUCUGGCCUUGGCUAGCAGACUGGGAGAUCCCUUCUAUGAUUCAACCAUCUCUGAAAGCACAGAAGACAUGCUCAGCAAGCUGGAGGCUGGGUAUCUUCGGGGCCAUAUCAACGAUUCACAGGCAGACCCUGGCUCACUGCUGCCUGCCUAUGAGCUGGACGGGGGUGCCACAGCUGCACAGGUGCUGGUGAUGGGGCCCGAUGACUUCAUUGUAGCUGUGGUCAGCUCAUUGAACCGCCCUUUCGGCAGCGGCCUCAUCACACCCUCUGGGAUCCUGCUCAACAGCCAGAUGCUGGACUUCUCCUGGCCCAACAAAACUGCAAAUCACUCUGCACCCAGCCUGGAGAAUGCCAUUCAUCCUGGGAAGAGGCCACUGUCCUUCCUGCUGCCCACAGUGGUAAGGCCGGCUGAAGGACUUUGCGGGACUUACCUGGCUCUGGGGGCCAAUGGUGCUGCCCGAGGACUUAGCAGCCUUACCCAGGUCCUGGUGAAUGUGCUGACCAUGAACAGAAAUCUGAGUGAUAGCCUGUCCUUAGGACGCCUCCACCCUGAGCUACAGUCCAACAUCCUCCAGGUGGACAGUGAAUUCACAGAGGAAGAGGUUGAAUUCCUGGAAGCUCGGGGCCAUCGGGUUGAGAAGGUAGAUGUUCUGUCCUGGGUCCACGGAGGUCGGAGAACCAACAAUUUCAUCAUUGGGGUGAAGGACCCUCGAAGCCCAGAUGGCGCUGGUGCCACCAUCUUGUAGAAGUGGGUGGGUGGGGCAGGGGCAGGCGCUGCAGCACAAAUACCCUUUGCAUGUUCCAAGAGCCCCGAGGAGCCCUGCCUCCCCCUGGGCAAGGGAGGGGGGGGGAGAUAGGCACAGAGUGGGCCUGAAGACCAAAGGCUCCCAGUUGGUGCCUUUGAGCUCUGCCCAGGGCCUGGGGACCAGAGGAGAUUUCUAUCAAACUCAAUUCCAGAAUAAUUGACAAAUUCUACAGUUGAUGGGUGUGGACUGAGGAACCUCAGGAGAAAACUAGAAUGGUUUUGCCUCCUCCCAAAAGUCCCUAUUCCUGAGAGGUUUAGGAAAAUGCUUGCUUAAAAACAAAACAAAAACAAAAAAUAACCCACCCAACUGGCCCUAACCAUCCUUCUCUCCCACCCACCCUCUGCAUCUUUCCCCUACCUUCUCCCCAGUCUCAUUUCUCAGAUGACUUGGUUUUUAAAAAUUCACCAUCCAAAAGCAGUGGGCCCUCUUUUUUCCUUAUCUCUGUCCCAGAAAUAGUGAGGAUCUGAGGGAGUGGUGCAGGGACAAGGGGCCACAUAAGGGUGGGAGGGGGGGGGGGGUAACAGCUCAG